AUUGACGAGGGAAUUAAGCUGUUAAUUCACACUUGUUGACAUGCCAUAGCCACGUUUUCUGUGGACACAUAACGUCUACAACGUGUAUGUGUUUGUUUGAAAAUCUCUUAGUUUGCAAACACUCCUGAGGUCACCGCGGCGACACGAGGGCUCUGAUACAAUGUAUGACCUGCUGAAUGGGGAGGGGAUAUUUUAGGGGCGUUACUACUUUAUAAACGUGCGACACUGGUUUGGGUCAUGGCAGUUAGAGCUUCGUGUCUUCUUGUUCAGGUAAAUGAGUAAAGGAAGUGACUUGUUAAAAACACUGCCUGGAUUUGAACUUUCUGGUGAUGAACUGUUGAUUAAGUGUGCCGCAUCAGUGAAGGCGUGUUGAUAACACCGGAACGUGAAGCAGUAUUACUGGCGUGUAUUGGCGGUAUAAUUUGGACACGCGAAGUCACACGAAAUGAUAUGAAGCACAGAGAAGGCUGUGGAUUAGCUACAUUUGUACGUUACGUACAAUACGAAAAAUGAAUUUACCUAUUACCAGGGUCACACAAAGGGAUCACUGUAUCUUGUGUUUAUAUACGGGUAGUACAUACCCAGUCAUCCGUGUGUACAUUAGUCAUAAUACCGACAUACUGACUGACACUACACGGAAAUGUUACCAUGAUGGUCAUCAGACUGGUGUGAUUCCCUCAGGAGAGUUCGAGUCUUACUGACCCACAUCACUGUUACACCAAUAUUGGAUAUACUCUGUUAAAGAUGCAAUCAAUAAUGAGGUAUCUUCGAUACACGUGCAUGGUGGAAAAUGAGGAAUAUGCACGAUUUGGACCAAAAUAUAGGAAACAUCUCCCAAAGUCGACAGACAGCAGCCUCCUGCACACGUCUUCCAGCAGCCGUAGUUCCCUGAGUCCCGACACCAGUUUUGACGCCUUCCUUAGGUCCCACACUGUGGACGCCAUGGACCCGUAUGUGGCAUCCCUGGACGAUAAUCCAGAGGCCUUGUUUGAUAUCCUCACGAUACAGUCUAUGCAUGAACGGUAUUCCGAUUCUGAGAAAACAGAAGUGAGUAACGAAAGCUUCGUUGAUGUUGCGUUGGUGACGGACAAGGAUUUUGAGAAUUUUGUUCGAGAAUUUCCAAUUGACGAUAGUAUUUCCGAAUGUUUUGCUACCAAUAGCCUCGACGGUGCGCCUUCGUCAAUUAAUUCCAACUAUAGACAGUCUCAGCCACGGCCUAACAAACUGAAGAAAAAACACAUACCUAAUGGUACCCAUGACAACCAUAUAUUGAGUGAUGACGAUUCUAAGUCCAGCGAUUCGAAGAAGUCCAAACUUGGUAACCUGUUUCAUCGUAAACCAAAGGUGAAAGACCAACACAAGAACGCACACAACGUAGACGGCCAAAACGAUGUUCAAGGCGGCGAGACAGCUAUAGGAGUGAAGGCUGACAGAGAGGACGCCUCAAGAAGUCAGAGCUCCUCACGUAAACUACCACCCCUCCCAAAGAUAAAAGGGGGAUCUUCUGCCGGAUCGACAAAGGGAUCGAUGGACUCGCGAAGGUCAAAGUCAUCAUCUCAACAAGAGAUGAAAUACUGGUUCACCAUCAUUGACGCAGAGGACGAUGAAGAUAAGAUUAUCCAGACACUGAUGUCGUGGCCAAUGGAGAGACUUCGGAAGCUAAGGGACGGCCAGGGAAACACAUUGCUACAUAGGGCGGCGAUGGUCGAUAAAACUAAAGUUAUCACCGAACUUGGGACCCGGUUUCCGGAAUUGAUAUAUGAUCUCAACUAUGAUCGAUUGUCAUCAUUAGAUGUAUCCGUACAGUCUGGAAAAGUGACGGCAAUGAAUGCACUCCUAAAUCUACAGUACGGAGACGAGGUACCACCCACAGAGAGAGUGGGCAAACUGUUGGAAGUAGCGGCAAAGAAGGGGGAGUGUGGCUGUGUUGGGAAGCUACUCAGCUUCCUGUCCAGGGAACAUGGAGGACAGCUGAUCUUACCUAAGAACAGUAGUGGUGAUACGGCAGCACAUAUCGCAGCAGCCCACGGUCACGUGGCGUGUUUACACGUGCUGAUAGAACAGGGUUACACAGGCUGGACAGAGAAUGCUGAAGGUUUACAUCCUUUGCAUGUGGCUGUUCACCACAAUCAGAUGGCUUGCUACCAUUUCCUUUUGCUCCAUCAAUGUUGCAAAUGCUUGCUGCGGGACCACAGGGCGGACGGCCUAACAGUAAGGAGACUUCAAUCCAGCAAGAUAACAACACAAAGCGCCAUUGAACAGCUAGAACAGCGACUUGUACGCCACCAGAAGAACGUACUGGACACGUUGACGACAAGUGCGGAAACUCAGUUAACCAUCACUGAUAGCCUGACCAGUAUUUACCGGAAGUUGGAGGGCUUGCUGGAUGGCAUGGGGACAGACAAGGGGGGACAACUGAGAACACAACUGGACAACAUCCGGGCGGAGGGAGAGCGACUGCAGGACUUAUUUGAGUUUUCUCCCUUGGCCAGUACGAAUGAACUCUUGUCUAAAGUGCUGAAUGACUUCUCACUACUGUCGAUAGAAUCGGACAGGCCGGAGGGUGAGGGUGUAUGUGUUGAACCGUCAUCGACAGCCUUCAUAUUGAACGUGGCUGAAGAGGUCCAGAAAAUUCUGCCUUCGAGUAAAAAUGUUCCUAGUGAUGUCGACAGCAUCAUCAACACAGUUUUAUCAAGCCCAGAUAUCUAUAAAGAUGGUCAAACACAAAGACAGGAGCCCGUGUGUGCACCAAUCGAGGUGCUUAGUACUAAAUCUAAAGAUCACGCUGAUGUAACAGAGGUGGCCAGAGAGGACAAAGUGAAGCCAAGGGAAAAGGAGGUGAAAUUUUCUAAUGUAUUACCCACAAAUCGUCCACCAGAACAACAUUCCGAGAGACAACUGGUGGUGCGAGAUACUCCUAUGUACGCAGAUAGAUACACCUCACGUCAGCUGCAAAACCGAAUGUUUCCUCAUGUCGACCAAGAGUCAGUUUGUUCAAACACGUUAACACUUACUUCUGGUAUAACUGGAACAGAACACACAUCAGAUUGGACUUCACGUGUUGAUACACUAAGUGCAGAAUCGACUGAUUCGGAAUCUGAUUGGUGGGAAGAUACACGACGUAGUGCCCCUAGAUGGCGUCACAGGAGCGCUGAUGAGGAGGAAGAUACUUUUUACGACGAAGAUAUACCUUUUUCCAACAAUAUUGUGCUGAACUUAGAGAACGAGGAUGCGUCAGACGACGUGUUACGCGAACAUCGUCUUGCCCAACACCUUCAAGCUAUGAAGCGGUUUAAUACGGAACGCACUGACUUGGUUGAGACUGUUGUGACGGCUAGUGGACGUAGACUCGGGGGCCGGGUUAGGCCUGACCCGUCCUAUAUACAAAACCCCGACCCCCGUCUCAGUCACCAUAGGUAUAUGCAGCAAACUGUCAAAUCAGAUUCGCUACGCAACCGGAAGUUAAAAGAACGACAGAGGUCAAAGAUCAAAUUGUUCAGCGAAGAGGACAUACAGGGACCAAGCGAACUGACACAGUCAGAGUUUCUAGACAGUUACGGACGGACAGCGGGGGAGUUCGCACGGAAGACAGACAAACAUGAAAAACGAUGGGACGAGGUUUCAUUAACAGACGCAGAUGAAGCAAGAGAAAACGAUAAGGCCUGGUAUGAGAUGUCGGAGGAUGAGGAGAGUAUCAUUCAAACAUGGCGGAGUGAUGAAGAAGACAACCAAUCACCUGAUUAUAGACAAUUUACUUCAUGACGGUUUCAUCCCAAUUUUACCACGUGACUUUUUCUUUUACAAAACCAUAUUUAGUGACUAAAUGCUUGGAUUCUUUCCACGCGGAGAAAAUGGAAAAGGAUUAAAUUGAGGAAGUGUUUACUAGCAUGUGGCACACUUACCAAGAAUGUGAUGAUAUUUACGGUAAAUUAUGCUUUAGGCGAGUUUUUGUUAUAAUGAACAAUCAAUAAUGUUGUACCAACUAUUGUUAAUGGCUCGAACAUAAUAAAAUGUUCCAUACCCUUAUCCAGCAAUCACAUUAAGGCGUGGGGAUAACAUAUAAUAUUGUCUUUGGUGGCGUCCCAGUGAUUAUUGAAUUAUUGAACAAUAGAUUUGUUUACAUGUCUUUUGUAUGAUGUUGUUUAUUGUUUUAUAAUAAAACCUUUUGUUAAAG